UGAAGUCACGACGAAGUCACGCAUUUAAACGCAUUUUUGUCGCUUUACUUAGACACGAAAACGGGGCGUCGUCGCCGCGUUAUCAAACGGUACAAAACACAGGCGAUGUCACCAUUUUAGCAACUCGCUAAAAGGUGAAGCAACAGGGUGAUCGUCAGGUGAAGUCCUCAAAGUUGCGUUUAAAGUUGUCAUCGGAAUCUCUCAAACGGGCUCUCGUCGCUAAUUAAGCUAACGUUAGCCGCAACUGCACCAACGAUGAACUAUUUAUGCGUCUAACACCAGUCGAUGGAGAUGAGCUGACAAAAAGAAACGACCUAAAAAUACCAGGAGCCUCAGAUAUGGAUUACAGGGUUGUGUUUGCAGCCUUGGAGAAAGUAUGUGAAGACAACAUUUCUAUUUGGUGUGCGGACUCUGAUUUGCCGUACGGCUCUGUUGCCAAGCGCCUGGACACAUGUAUGAGGCAGAUUCAGGAGCACGGCCGAGCGCUGGAGCCUGUGGUUGCGAGCUUCACCACUGUCUAUCACCACUAUGACUUUGAUGCACAAACGCCUGGGAAUGGCUACCGCACGCUGGUUAAGGUGUUGUUGUCCUGCCUUUUGCACAUCAUACACAAAGGCCGCUACAUUGCUUCUAACUACAACAGUGCCUUCUUCAGAGCAGACCACAAUGCCUCUGAGCUGGAGGCGUACUGUCAAGCUCUGUGCCAGCUGCGUGCUCUGCACUAUCUUGCACAACGGCUGAUAAACAACAAUGACUAUGGCGAGCUGUACAGCAAGCAGGACGGUGAACUGAGCCGCCAGUUCGUACAGGAGUACAGCUCCAUGCACAAAGCCUGUUUCUAUGGCCGCUGUUUAGGCUUUCAGUUUUCACCGGCCCUUCGUCCGUUCCUUCAAACCGUUGUGAUCAGCAUGAUUUCAUAUGGGGAGACCUAUGGCAAACAUCAGUCUGGACUGGGAAUGGCAGCCCUCUCCCUCCUUACAUCAGGGAAGUACGUCAUUGAUCCAGAGUUGCGGGGCGCUGAGUUUGAACGUAUAACCCAGAACCUAGAUUUGCAGUUUUGGAAGACCUUCUGGAACUUGACAGAGUCCGGCCUUUUAACAGGCUUCAGCAGAAUAGUUUCCAACCCAGUGAAGGUCAAUUUUACAUUGACUUUGCCUCCUGAAACUCUGCGCCUCCCUUUGGCCUCAGACCCCAGUCUGUCUGCAACCGUGUCACCUCCUAUAGCCCACUGGGGUCCUGGUCCAGUCCACAUUCGUCUCAUCUCUUAUGACAUUCGGGAAGGGCAGGACAGUGAGGAGCUGCUAUCUUUAUCUCGAACUGAUCCUCCCCCCAUCCCUGCAUCUCAACUCCCAUGGGUUCAGAAGCAGCCUUGCUCCCCUUGGUUGAUAAUCCACUUCCAUGGAGGCGGCUUUGUGUCCCAGACAUCCAGAUCUCACGAGAAUUAUCUUCGUAACUGGUCCAAAGAGCUGGGUGUCCCCGUCCUCUCUGUUGACUACUCUCUGUCGCCUGAAGCACCUUUUCCCAGAGCUCUGGAGGAGUGUUUCUACGCCUACUGCUGGGCACUGAACAACUGUCACCUGCUGGGUUCCACAGCAGAGCGAGUGUGUCUGGCAGGCGACAGUGCUGGUGGGAACCUCUGCAUCACUGUGUCCAUGAAGGCCAUGUCCUGCGGCAUCAGAGUCCCCGACGGCAUCAUGGCUGCCUACCCCGCCACCUUGCUCACCACUGACGCCUCACCCUCCCGCCUGCUCACGCUCAUCGACCCGCUGUUGCCUCUUAGUGUUCUCACUAAAUGCCUCAAUGCAUAUGCAGGUGUGGAGACCCAGACGAUACAACCUGCUCUGAGAAGCAACAGUCUAAGUGCCCUGGGCAGAGACACAGCCAUGCUGCUCAGCGAUCUCACACAGGGGGCUUCUAACUGGAUUCAGUCUUUUCUGGACCCCUCUCGAAGUUCAGGCCACACGCGAUCCUUGCCGUCACCUCAGAGGUCGUCCCAGAGCAACGAAACCCAGAAGCCGUCAGCCAACACUUGCACAUCAAGCUGUGGAGAGCGUGUGGAUUACCCACAGGGUUUUGAGCCCCUUCGGUCUGAGUGUCUAGCAUUUGUUCGCCAAACCUCCUCCCCUGUUACAAGGAACCCCUUUGUGUCCCCUCUUCUGGCUCCAAGCAGCCUUCUGAGAGGCCUGCCACCUGUAUGCAUAGUGGCCUCAGCGUUGGAUGCAUUGCUGGAUGACUCUGUGAUGUUUGCCAAGAAGCUGCGUGACAUGGGCCAACCUGUGAGUCUGACAGUGGUUGAGGACCUUCCUCAUGGCUUCCUCAGUCUCUCACAAGUCACUAAGGAGACUGAGGUGGCUGCAGAAACCUGCGUAGCACAAAUUAGGCAGAUCUUCGAACAAGAACGACCAAUGUGUUUUCUCCGCAAGCGUCCAAAGCUGGAAGAGACUUAUCAGAGUCUUAAUCCGUCAGGCUGAUUUGCUUCUCUGGCUGCUUUUUAGACCUACUAAAAAGAUAUGUAACAUAAUGCGAUGAUGGGGGUAAAAUACACAGUACAGUAUUUAAAAAAGGAAACAAGGAUUUGCGCUGGGUGCAACCAAACCUAUGAAUCUGCAGGGAGAUUAGGGAUAUCGCACUUUAAAGGUUUGCUGCACAAUAUUUUCUGAAUCCAGGGAUGAAAAAGGGAGAAAAUAAAAUCUGCCUUAUACAGCAAUAACGCAGCACGAUUAUUAUUAAAAGAAUAUUACAAACUGACAGAAACAUGCAGACUUUGCACUGAUUUAUUAAUGAAUAUAUUCCAGUAGUACAGUGGAAGCUUUUGCGCCUUGUAUUUUAACACGUCUGUUUUUGCAUAGUUUGCGUAUGAAGAUAAAGACAUUUGUCACAUGUUUACAUUUUGGGAUAAUCAGGGCUUCACGCUGUAUUUAAAGGCUGUAUGUGGAUGUGAGUAUGAGCUACUUGUAAAAUUGUCUCAUUGUGAUUAUUUAAAACUUGUUAUAUUUAAAACCUGUAUUAAAUCUAAAGUGCAAACAUUC